CUGCCUGAGGGCGCCGGGCUCGGGAGGAGGAGAGCAGAGAGCUUCUCCCGCUGCCUGAGGGCGCCGGGCCCGGGAGGAGGAGAGCAGAGAGCUUCUCCCGCUGCCUGAGGGCGCCGGGCCCGGGAGGAGGAGAGCAGAGAGCCCUUCUCCCGCUGCCUGAGGGCGCCGGGCUCGGGAGGAGAAGGAGAGCAGAGAGCUUCUCCCGCUGCCUGAGGGCGCCGGGCUCGGGAGGAGAAGGAGAGCAGAGAGCUUCUCCCGCUGCCUGAGGGCGCCGGGCCCGGGAGGAGGAGAGCAGAGAGCUUCUCCCGCUGCCUGAGGGCGCCGGGCCCGGGAGGAGAAGGAGAGCAGAGAGCCCUUCUCCCGCUGCCUGAGGGCGCCGGGCCCGGGAGGAGAAGGAGAGCCGAGAGAGCUUCUCCCGCUGCCUGAGGGCGCCGGGCCCGGGAGGAGGAGAGCAGAGCCCCUAUCCGCCUUCUCGCUGGCGGUGAGGAAUCUCCGUGUCGCCGGGCCGGGCGGCUACGGCAGGUUGGGUGGAUGGCGGCAGUCGUCGCCCGCUUCCAGCCUUCCCCAGGCUGCCAGGCACGGCUAGAGGCGGGCCCGGAGAGCCUCGCUGACGGGAGAAGGAGUAUGGCAUACCGGAUACUUGCGGCGGUGAGGGGGAAAAAAAUCCAGCCUCACUGCUCAGUUAUCCUCACUGUGAUUCAUCAGCUGCUGUCUCCUGGGCAGGUCUGACUGCUGAUUGGGCACAGAACUUCUCAAGGUGUGUCUUGUGUCGAGAAGCUUUUGCAUUUUGAGAGCACACAGUAGACCAUGAUAGCCUCCUGCUAUGAGUCAUAGGCAUUGGGAAGGAACAGAUAAUGAAGUAUCUACCCAUUUCUAACUGGCUGACCGAGCUUGGUCUUGCAGAAUACUGCACACUCUUUGAACAAUAUGAUGGUAUAGAGGACUUAUUCCAUCUUACAGAAGUCGAUCUUAGAAAACUGGGAAUUGAAAAUCAAGGCCACCGGACACACCUCAUUUCCAACAUCCUGCUGCUUCAGGAGGUAAAACAAAAGAGAGAACCAAAAAUGAUAGCUGCAGGAAAACUUUCAAGUCUUCCCAGAAACAGCUCAGUGAACCACCAGUUCUCAUUGGCUUCUUCCAUGGACCUUUUGACCACAAAACCUUCACCAGUUGAGCAUCGCUCAAGCUCCUUCCAAGGCAUCUCGAUCCAUGGCACUCUCCCCAGGAAGAAGAAGGGGACAGUUCCCUCUAGGUCUUGUGAUAUGUUCAGCCACAUGGGAACCUUGCCUUACACCAGAGCACGGCAGCAGCCACCUUUUAUACAGGAUAUUAUAGAAGAGUACCCUCCAGAAAAUGGAAAGAGCCGCAAACUCCUUGACAGAGAUCAGAAUAUUCUGGAUCCUGCACUGGAAUAUGUUAAGGGAGGAUCACUGAAAAGAAGUGUUAAUCGUGUGCCACCUGCUCCCACAUUUUCUAGGGAGAGGCAGGUUAUGGACAACAGCCCGGAAAAGCUGAAGAAGGAGUUAGAGGAGGAGCUGCAGCUGAGCAGUGAGGACUUGCGUAGCCAUGCCUGGUACCACGGACGUAUUCCUCGGCAGGUGGCAGAAGGCCUAGUUCAGAGAGAUGGAGAUUUUCUGAUUAGAGAUUCUCUCUCCAGUCCUGGGAACUUUGUUCUUACCUGUCAGUGGAAAAAUACCCCUCAGCAUUUUAAAAUCAACAAAACAGUUCUAAGACUCAAUGAAGCCUACUGUCGUGUUCAGUAUCAGUUUGAACUGGAAAGUUUUGACACUGUCCCUGGCUUAGUUAGAUACUACGUUGGGAAUCGCACACCGAUAUCAAAGCAGAGUGGAGCAAUUAUUUUUCAGCCUAUCAACAGGACUGUGCCUCUCAGGUGUCUAGAAGAAAAAUAUGGUGUAACUCCAGUUCAACGAAAAGAGCCAAGCACCCCUGAAGGAAAAACAGAAACUGCAAAGAGGCUGAGUCCUGGUAUAUCCAGCAUGCAAUCCCCGGAGCAGAGCAUACCCAGAGGAAAUCUUUGGAGAAACAAAGAAAAAAGUGGUAGCCAGCCAGCUAGUUUGGAUCAUGUUCUGGAGAAAAGAUUCCCUUUAAAGGCUCACCAGUCAGAGAGCUAUCUUCUAAUAGGUUCAAGACAUUCAUCUCGAUUACCUGAAGCAGAUGCAAACUCCUGUCCAAGCUCACCUGCAUUUAGAACAGGCAGUGAGCCAUCUCUAAGCCCCACAGUUGUUCAGAAAGUCAUCUUAGAGUCACAGCUAGGGGAAGCUCUUAGAGGAUCAGACAGUCAGCUCUGUCUAAAGCCUCCACCUAAACCCUGCAAAGCACCCCUGAUGAAACCCCCAGAUUCUCCUUUGGCUUCCCACAGCUCUGAAGGACACUAUUGUGAACUAAACCCUGCCAGACACCCUACAGCAGCAAAGCAACACUUGUGUCAGAAAAACAGCUAUGUGGAACAUCUGACUCAAAAGGAGAGGGCAACAUUCAGGAACUCUGAAACAAGCUAUUUGAUCCUUGAUGAUGAUCCUACAACGAGCCCUGCAGAUCCUUCAGAAGCUUCAACUCAGAUGGCUGAAGAGGACAGCCUCUUUUCUGCACCUGUUUAUGAGACAGUGUCUAGUUUUAAACCGAAUGAUUUUGAAUCCAGACUUCUUCCUCCUGAAAACAAGCCACUGGAAACAUCCAUGCUAAGAAGAGUUAAGGAGCUUUUUACCAACAAUAACCCAAAGAUGAUUGCACAGCAUAUUCUUAGAAUGGACUGCAAGGUGGCAAGGAUAGUAGAAGUUUCUGAAGAGAUGAGGAGGAAUAUGGGAGGGAACUCUGGUCUUGAAUUGAUCACCCUGCCUUACGGACACCAGCUGCGCCUUGACCUGAUUGAGAGGCACAAUACCAUGGCAAUAGGAAUAGCUGUUGAUAUCUUGGGUUGCACAGGAAAUGUAGAAGAGCGAGCAGCAACAUUAAACAGAAUCAUCCAAGUUGCUGUGGAGUUGAAGGAGUCACUAGGAGAUUUAUAUGGGUUUUCUGCCAUUAUGAAAGCACUGGAAAUGCCACAGGUCAGCAGAUUAGAACAAACCUGGACAGCUCUAAGACAUUGUUAUACCCAGACUGCCAUUAUGUAUGAAAAACAGCUGAAACCAUCCUGCAAAGCUUUGCAUGAAGGACAAGAUGAGUGGACUAAAACCAUCAGUGCUCCACAGAACAACAUCACAGUGCCACUGCUGAUGCCUCUGGUGACCCUGCUGGAGCGCCAGGCUGUUGUUUUUGAAGGCGUGGAGCUGUGGGAAAGCAGUGACCAGAGCGGUGAGAUCAUGCUCAGGCACUUGGGCACGGCACGCCUGCUGGCCCAGCACGCCGAGACGUUCCGCCUGACGGCAGAGCGGCUGCUGCAAGGUUUCCAGCCAGAUGAAGAGCUGAGUGAAAUCUUCAAGACAGAAUUUCAAAUGAGAUUGCUCUGGGGCAGCAAAGGAGCACAAGUUAAUCAAAGUGAAAGAUAUGAGAAAUUCAACCGGAUCUUAACUGCACUUUCCCGAAAACUGGAACCUCCUCCAGUGAAGCUGGUAGAACAAUUAAGUAUAUAAGACUCUGGAAACACUAUUUAAGUGAUAUACUUGAAAUAACCUUAGCAGUCUUUUGGCAAUUUGAUACUGCACAGACUUCUUGCAUUUCACAAGAUGUUUAGAACUUUUAACUGCACAAUGCACACUUGUUUUAAAAACUACUGAUUGCUAAACAAAUUAUUUAUUUACUGUGUCACCGAGUCAUUUACUGAGCCCUUUAAACAGUUAGGUUUUCCCUUUAUUUCCCCAAAGUUGUAAUGUUUUAAUGAUGCCAAGGAGUAAGGGCAUUGGCAUCUUAAUAUUCAGAUGAAGCAAAUAGUGUAAAUAAAAUGAUAGAUUAAUUAUCUGACAUGGCAGAAAAUUUGUUGUAUAAUAUUCCUUUAAUGAAUAUAAAAAACACUGUAGACAGAAUUGUGAAUUGUAUCUUUAUGCAAAAUAAUUUGCAUAUUUACAAAUCACAGAAACACUGCAAGUUGCAGAAAUGAUCCUUUAUCUGUAACCAGAAGGUUCAAACCUCCCUGUGCCUAUGAAACUAGGAAAUUAAUCUUUGUAUGUGUUGGGACAACUUCCCCUUUUUUUUAAGACAGCACCUAUAGUCAUCUAUAGAUGCUUUUGCUGGCUACGCUGCCAGGAAUAAAUGAUGAAAUGGCAAAAACAAACAAUCCAGAUAAUUAAAAUGCUUUCAGACAUGAGUAAACGUGGGUGUAUGUAUAUAUUAAACUUGCUUCAUUUACUGAGGUGAAUCACUUCGGUAAGUACUUUUUCCUUGGAUGAAGGCAAAGCAUAAGGUGUUACCACUUUUUAUAGGAAAUCAGCAAUAACAGAGUUUAUGAUACAAAGAGUCUUACCAAAUCCUACUUGGUUGUAUACAGAAUAAGGGUUAGUCUCAGACAUUGUAUAAAUACUUAAGAACUACAGCAGAGCUGCAUGUGCAUGUUGUCAUUAUGCCUUUUCCUGGAGUGAGAUGUUGCUUAGAGCACUGAAAGUACUGGGCUAGGAUGAUAACAAAACUAACACCAGAAUCUGUUCCUCCUAUCUACAAUCACAGCAGAGGUUUUUAUCACCAGAACAAGAGUUCCCAGACCUCAUAACUCAAAGUCAAUCUUAACAGAAGACAAAUGCAGAAACUAAUUAUUUAGACCAUGAAAAGAUUUUUUUAUUCCAUGAAAAUAUUCUCAACAGAGAACACUAUUUUUAAACAAAGCAUUUAACAUUUAGGAAAUCAACAUGUGCACAAAAAAGGAUUAAAAAAAUUACUGGAAAAUGUCUGAUUCUUUAAGACAACUCAUGUUCUGAAUUUUAGAGUAAAUGAUUUAUAAGCUGUGCAAGUAGAAAUGCUUUUUCCUAUGUUUAAUAACCCUCAUACAAGUUGCACUAUCCCUCUUGAAAGCAACCUGCCUCCAAAGGAAGCAAAUCCUGGUUUCAGAAAAACAAACAGUAGUGUAAAAGGAACAUUUAGUCUUUCACCAGGAAGUGUUAUUACUGACCUCCAAGGCUGUUAGCCAGGCAGACCACAGGCCCUUAACCAGAAAAUACACAGAUCACAUUUCUUCCUCUUCACAGAAUUACAGAAUCACAGAAUAUUCUUGGUUGGAAGGGACCCACAGGAAUCACUGAGUUUUUCCCAAAUUAAAAAAGCACUAGAUUUUAAAAAAAAGGAAAAAAAAAAAAAAAAAAACAAAAAAAACAA